GUGUGUGGACCGGAAGUAUAGCCCCAACUCAUACUGGUGGGGCAACUGAUGAAUGAAAGGUUUUUAUCACCAUCCUUGGCUGAUUUUCCAGUGCAGAUAUUGUGUAGUGAAGAUAGUUACUAGUCAUAAGGCAAAAUGAACGACUUUGCAGUGCUGAACACCGGCCGAAAGAUGCCACUCGUCGGAUUAGGGACAUGGAAGAGUGAGCCUGGAAAGGUGAAACAGGCAGUCAUAUGGGCGCUUCAGGCCGGAUAUCGGCAUAUCGAUUGCGCUGCCAUUUAUGGAAAUGAAUCAGAAAUUGGAGAAGCCUUUCAGGAGAUGUUGGGUCCUGACAAAGCCUUAAAACGAGAAGAUGUGUUUGUGACCUCCAAACUGUGGAACACGAAGCACCAUCCGGAGGACGUGGAGCCAGCACUGCUCAAUAGCUUGAAAGAGCUGAAGCUGGAGUACCUGGAUCUCUACCUCAUUCACUGGCCUUAUGCCUUCCAGCGGGGGGAUACAGCUUUCCCCAGACAGGAAGAUGGGACCUUACUGUAUGAUGACAUUGAUUACAAGGUGACCUGGGCUGCCAUGGAGAAACUUGUGGAAAAGGGACUUGUGAGGGCAAUCGGGCUCUCGAACUUCAACAGCAGACAGAUUGAUGAUGUUCUGUCGGUGGCCAACAUAAAGCCUACUGUUUUACAGGUGGAGGGUCAUCCUUAUCUAGCCCAGGUGGAGCUUCUUGCUCACUGCAGGGAGAGGGGCUUAGUGAUGACUUCCUUCAGUCCACUUGGCUCUCCAGAUCGUGCCUGGAAGAGACCAGAUGAGCCAGUUCUCUUAAAGGAGCCAGUCAUUGCAGCUCUAGCCAAGAAGUACAACAAAUCUCAUGCACAAAUUAUAAUCAGGUGGCAGACCCAGCGAGGAGUCGUGACCAUCCCAAAGAGUGUGACAGAGUCUCGCAUUAAAGAAAAUAUACAGGUUUUUGACUUCACUCUGGAGCCUGACGAGAUGGACACCGUUACAGCAUUGAACAAAGGCUGGAGAUACAUCCUGCCAGCUAUAAUUGUUGAUGGCAAGUCUGUACCAAGAGAUGCAGGAUGUACUCACUAUCCUUUUAAUGAUCCUUAUUAAUUAAUGUUGUACUGCAGGAUUAUGUGCCUUCCAAUCCACUUCAACUGGCAGAGCUGUACACAUAAUACAAUACAUGUAGGGCUUUUUUUUUUGUAAUGAGAAUACUGUUUUUCAUUUCUUUAAUGUUGGAGUUUGUUACAGUCCAUAUCUAUCUGUUUAUUCUGUCGAAAUAUCUCUAUCUGUAUUUGGAUGACUUUUUGUUGUUGUUGAGUCUUGUGCAAUUCCAGUUCAGAUUCACACCUCUCAUGUCAACCAGAUGCUCUGUGAACCUUUCUGGCAAGGUUUAUUAAAAUAAAGAAAGAAACAAAUAAAUAAAA